UGAUGUCUCGGUCCGGAGGGCUGGCGGUCGCGGUGAUUUUUGAUUUUUGAUCACAAACACUUUCGCUGGUGACAGAUGCUGUUUUUCGGGCAGAAAUGUGACGAAGAGUCGGUAGGACAGGCGGGAGGACAGACAGGAGGACAGACGCUCCUCCACGUACAGCUGUGGUAUUUUUUUUCCUCAUAUAAGUUUCCAAAGACAGUUACAGUUACUACGUUACUGUUGUUUGGUCCUGUAACGUUGCUUUGUGGGACAUUUCUCUUUAUUAAGUUGAGUGAGAGACCUGGGGUCUCAUUUAUAAAACUGUGCGUGGGAUCGUUACUAAAAGUGUACGUACGCCCAAAAGCCAAGUUUUGCGUGCGCCAAAAAAUAUUCAGACUUAUAAAACCCUGCGUACGCACACCUGUAAGCAAUCUUUGCUUUAUAAAUCACAGAGUGCCUACAAGUGUGUGCAGCUGAAUCAGCUUCACGUCCCGCCCUGUACACGCCCCUUUUUAACCAUAAAUGGUCAAUGCAAACGAUCUCAUGAAUGCGAUCUGCAUAUAAAACAGACUCAGAUGCAAGUAUUAUGUCUUGUCGGAAACAAUGGCAGAAGGACUGAGAAAAGCAAAAAAGCAAAAUUUCACGGAGGUUGAAGUGGAGACACUUGUGGUGGAGGCCCGAAAAGUAGUUUUGUUCGGCGAUCACGGGACUGGGAUCACUAACAACAAAAAGCAGAGUGAGUGGCAACAUGUUGCUGCAGCAGUGAACUCUGUCAGUGGCACAGAGCGCACAGUCCCAGAAUUAAAAAAGAAGUGGUCUGACAUAAAGGUGGAUGCAAAGCGGAGGCUGUCCUCACACCGCCAGAGCGUGACUGCAACUGGGGGGGGACCCAGUACUCCUGACCUAACACCAAUUGACGCAAAAGUAGCAUCCAUAAUUGGCACUGCAAGCGUGAGUGGCAUCGUGUCUGAAAGGGAAGGAGACACUGACAACACAGAAGAACAAAAUCUCAAUCCAAUCGAGCAUCUCUGCGAUGUGAUGGACAAAUAAGUACGAUCCAUGAAGGCGCCACCUCACAACUUACAGGACUUAAAGGAUCUAC